UUCGCUCUCAGGAACAGGACAGGUCUUCCAAAUCCAUGUCAGCAUCCACGAACCUCACAUCUCUCUGGAAGCAGAAGAGCAAGUCUGAGCAGAGGUCUCCUCAACCGGACUUAAAAACAUCACUGGAUGAAUGUGUGGUGGCUCUGGACUUGUUUCUAAGCAACAGAUUUGAAGAUGCUUUGGCUAAGCUCCGUUCAAAAGCCAAAGACAGCAUGUACCACUCCUUGACGUAUGCCACGAUAUUGGAAAUGCAAGCCAUGAUGACCUUUGAACCUGAGGAUAUUAUUAGUGCUGGGAAUACAAUGAAAGAUGCCCAAGCCGUCUGUCAAAAGCAAGUGGUUUCUUUUAAAAAUACAAAGCAAUUCACUGAAGAGGAAAUGCAUGCUGAAGUCUGCUAUGCUGAGUGUUUAUUACAGAGGGCUGCUUUGACUUUCCUCCAGGAUGAGAACAUGAUUAGCUUCAUCAAAGGUGGCAUCAAAGUAAGAAAUAGUUACCAGAUGUACAAGGAACUUCUUAAUAUUGUGCAGUCAUCUAGCUACACCAAAGGAGAGAACUACAGCCAUUUGGAAGGAGGUGUUCAACUUGGAAUUGGAGCUUUCAAUCUAACUUUAUCUCUAUUGCCAACAAGGAUUCUCCGACUUUUAAAAUUUGUUGGAUUUUCUGGAAAUAAGGAAUUUGGUCUGGAACAACUGCAGGAAGGAGCAUCCACGGAAAACUUUCGGGCUCUUCUCUGCACCAUGUUGCUUCUGUGUUAUCACACGUUCAUGAGUUUUGUACUGGGCACCGGUGAAGGUGAUGUUGACGAUGCAGAACGUUUACUGUUACCUUUUCUUAAAAGGUAUCCAAAGGGUGCUAUCUUCCUUUUCUUUGCAGGAAGAAUUGAAGAAAUCAGAGGCAAUAUUGACAUAGCUAUUUCACGCUUUGAGGAGUGUUGUGAGGCCCAGCAACACUGGAAGCAGUUUCAUCACAUGUGCUACUGGGAGCUGAUGUGGUGUUUUACUUUCAAGCGCCAGUGGAAAAUGGCAUAUUUCUAUGCUGAUCUACUGAGUAAAGAAAAUUCGUGGUCUAAGUCUACAUACAUGUACAUGAAAGCAGCCUAUCUCAGCAUGUUUGCGGAAGAUGACUACAAGCCAUUUGGAGAUGAUGAAAUUGAACUAUUCAGGGAAGUGCCAAAUAUGAAACAGAAAAUUGCUGGAAAGUCUCUGCCGACAGAAAAGUUUGCAAUCAGAAAAGCACGACGCUAUCUUACACAGAAUCCUGUAAAACUCACAGUGCCUCCCUUGGAAAUGAUGUACAUUUGGAAUGGCUAUACAGUAAUUGGUAAACAUCAAGAUCUGACAGAAGGCAUGCUUGAGACGCUUAACAGUGCUGAGAGGAGACUUGACAGUGUGCCAGUAAAUGAGUAUCUUAUGGAUGAUAAGUGCCUGGUGAAGCUGCUUAAAGGUCUUUGUCUGAAACACUUAGACAAACUCUCGGAAGCAGAAGAGUACUUCAGCUGGAUUCAUACAAACCAGCACAUGAUCAAGUAUGACCAUUACCUGAUUCCAAAUGCCUUACUGGAACAUGGUCUUCUUUGCAUGCAAGAAGGCAGGAAUGAUGAGGCAAUCAAAUUUCUGGAAAGUGCAAAGCAAGAUUACAACAAUUACUCAAUGGAGUCAAGAACACAUUUUCGAAUCCAAGCUGCUCUUCUCAAAUUGAAAGCAAACACACAAAAUGGGAAGAAAUCAUUGCUGCCUUCUUUAUAAAAGAUGCUUAAGUUAUCCUGGUAAAACACCUAUGAAAUCCACAUUGGUGAUUUUUCCCUCUCUCUGGAGAAUGGUGAAUUUGCUUUUACUGGUAAUCUUUGUGAACUUUUUCUGUGAUUGAGAACAACUUCAACUGGGUUCUCAACAAUUAUGAGCACAACUGGUUUACUUUGGUUCAGGGAGUAAGUUACUGGUUUAGUAAUUUAUAGCAAUGUUAUUUCUAAAUAAGUGUCCUUGUAAAAAUGUAAAUAUAUUAUCUCAUAUGCAAAUAGUUUUCAGUUAUUAAAAUGCAUCACUGCACAGCACUAAUUGACCUCCAAAAGAUACCCAAGAAUAUAAAGACAUAAACUGCUAGUGUUUAAAUAGAGCAAAUAACACAUCACUUUUCAUUACCUUUUUAUCAGUUGCCGUGUCCAACGUGCAUAUACCCUGUUUCAGCUAGUAAGGCGUCUUUAGUGAGUGGUUUGCAUUUAAUUAAAAUCUAAUUAUCUGAGAUGUCAGUUCAUGUUGAAGAUGUUUGAAAAAUAGUGUGAAGAAAGUGACAAAUGUGUGGACAGUGGCAACUUUUGAUUUUAUUGUUAAAUUUUUUGCUUAGGGAAGAUUUUACAUGCGAUGAUGUCAGAUGAAGAAUUUAUUUCAGUAAGACUAGGCUUGCUAUUUCUUUUGCCAGCAGACAAAUCACAUUAAGAACAAUACUCCCAUUAAAUGGUGGGGCCUACAUGCAGAAAAGCUUCUACAUUCAACAACUUACCAUAUGCAUUGGGAGGUCAGUAGCAAUGAUGAGAAAAACUGUGCAACAGUCUCAUCAGGUAUUUUAUAUUCAGACUUUCUUUCAAACUACAGGAGGUUUUUAAAAAAAAAACAAAUUCAAUCUGUGGUUGUUUUGCAUCAUUCUGGAAAUAAGAGGUGGUUAUCAGAAUGUUACUUUAACCCUCUAUUUCCCAGUUUAAAAUAUUUAUAUGCAAACUCAUUUUCAGUACUAUUGUCUGACUUGCUAUAGAUAAACAUACUGUAGUAACUUCCUUCCAGAGAAAUAUGGAAAAACUUUCAUACGUUCAUCUUGAAAUGCAAACUUUCCAAUCUGUAAUAAUUAUUUCUUGAAAGAGGCAAAUAAUUUAUAGAUAAACAUGAAAAACUCUUAAAAGAUUUUUCUCAUAAUCAGUUCACCCUCCCCCUUAAAUACUUAAUAUCCUUCUAUAAUUGAUUUAGCUGCUAGCUAAUGCAAAAGUUUCAUUUCCAGCCAGUGGUAGCCAACUCGAGUUGAAUUUAGACAAUAGACAAUAGGUGCAGAAGUAGACCAUUCGGCCCCUCGAGUCUGCACCACCAUUCUGAGAUCAUGGCUGAUCAUUCACUAUCAAUACCCAGUCCCUGCCUUGUCCCCAUAUCCCUUGAUUCCCCUAUCCAUCAGAUAUCUAUCCAGCUCCUUCUUGAAAGCAUCCAGAGAAUUAGCCUCCACCGUCUUCCGAGGCAGUGCACUCCACACCUCCACAACUCUCUGGGAGAAGAAGCUCUUCCUCAACUCUGUUUUAAAUAACUGUCCUCUUAUUCUCAAUCCAUGCCCUCUGGUACUGGACUCUCCCAACAUCUGGAACGUAUUACCUGCCUCAAUCCUAUCAAAUCCUUUAAUUAUCUUAAACGUUUCAAUCAGAUCCCCUCUCAAUCUCCUCAAUUCCAGCGUGUACAAGCCCAAUCUCUCCAAUCUCUCUGCGUAAGACAGCCCUGCCAUCCCAGGAAUCAACCUAGUGAAUCUACGCUGCACUUCCUCAAUUGCCAGAAUGUCCUUCCUUAAACCUGGAGACCAAAACUGUACACAAUAUUCCAGGUGUGGUCUCACCAGGGCCCUGUACAAAUGCAAAAGAACAUCCUUGCUCUUGUAUUCAAUUCCCCUUGUAACAAAGGCCAACAUUCCAUUUGCCCUCUUCACUGCCUGUUGCACUUGCUCAUUCACCUUCAUUGAUUGGUGAACUAGGACUCCUAGGUCUCUUUGCAUUUCUCCCUUACCUAACUCGACACCGUUCAGACAAUACUCUGCCCUCUUGUUCCUGCUUCCAAAGUGGAUAACUUCACAUUUAUUCACAUUGAAUGACAUCUGCCAAGUAUCUGCCCACUCACUCAGCCUAUCCAAGUCUCCCUGUAUUCUCCUAACGUCCUCUUCGCAUGUCACACUGCCACCCAGUUUAGUAUCGUCAGCAAACCUGCCGAUAUAGUUUUCAAUGCCCUCAUCUAGAUCAUUGACAUCUAAAUCAUUUAGUAUUAGAGUAUUGCAUUAUAAGACAUCCAACCCAAUACUCCACUUAAAUUACCUUUCUUUAAUUUAAUUGUUAUAAGAAUAUGAAGUAUAAAAUACUUGAGGAGAACAAAACUAUUUCCAGCAAGAUCUUCCACCUGGCUGGAGAUUUAGCUUCAAAUUCUGGAAGCUCUAGGAUAAGAGUUACACUAUGAAAUAUAAAUUUGAGAAUCCCAAGGAGCUGUUGAUUUCCAUUUGAUUUGGCAGCCAUAUUGCACAUUAUUCUCUUCAAUACUUAAGGCAAACAAAGCAUUUGUUCAGAAGUAUCUUUAUGUAAAUUGUUCUUGCGUUCAACAUCUUUGAAAGGGCAAUAGAAAGACAAUAAUCCAUGUGCUGCGAACUGAAAUAAUGGAAAUUAAAGGAUACCAAUCACUUUGCUUUUAAAACUGGCAGAUUUAAAUGUUCUGCACUAAACAUGUAUCUCUUAAUUAUAUUUAUGCACUGAUUGCACAUAAAUAUUGGAAAAGUUAAACUACAAUCUGAAAUGUCAAUUCUUCAAGUGUGUCAUGGGAUUGGAUCAAUAGUU